CAUAUUCACAGCAACCAUUAACAAUUCUAUCAGCUGCAACACCAAAGUAAACGCCUACAGUUUUCUUCAAACCUCUCUCUCUCUCCCUCUCUCUGUCUGUGUGUAAAGAAAUAAGCUUUUCACCAUAUGCUUGUUAGUGUAAGGUGUUUGAUCAAAUGGUUGCAUUAAGAUGGCCUUCCUCGCCACCACACUUCCCAGUAAUGCAGACAUCUGCAGCUUGUUCAAUUCCACACCAGCUUCCACUCAGCAGCAACAAUAAGAAAGCUCAUAAACCUGUGGGGAUCAUGAUCAAAUCUUACUCUUGUUCCUCCUUCAAAAACAAGAUAUUCGAGAACCCAGUUGAGGGUAUAGUUUGUUAUACAGAUGUGAGAACUGGGGAAGUCAUUUGCGAAGCAUAUGAUGAAGGCCCUCGUUGUUUAGAUGACCUGCACCAGCGACAGAUUCCUGCUGCAUAUCGACAUCAUUCGUCGUCAAGGGAUGUGCAGAUCAUCAUCAACCUCCUUCAGCAGCGGCUUCUGCAGAUUGUUAAUGGCUCUCAUGGUGAUGAUGGUGAUCAAUAUCAGAGUGCUGGAGGUAUUUUUACCCCGCAAGAAGACCUUUCAAAGUCCAGCAGCGUAUAAACCAAGUCAUAUCACCACCGGCCAUCUAUUUAUGCGACCAACUCAUUAUACCUGCUUUCUGCCAAAACCUGUAUAUAAAUGUGAUAACAGAGAUGUACUUGGACUAGAUUUACAUUAUAAAUAUUCGUUGCUUUCAUUAAUUCUAUAACACAAGAACAAAUAUUUUUGUACAGAAACAAAGAUGAUUAUGAUGCCCCAUGCAUGGACAGAGGUAAUCCAAUA